UCUCAGUUUAGCAAAGCGGAUAAAGGAGUCAGUGUGGUUGUGCUGGAGUUGGGAGGGCAAAAAAAAAAAAAAAGAGAAAGAAAGCAAUAAUGACUUCAACUAAUAUGUUUCAGGGUCUGGAUACCGGCGCAAAAUCCAGUUCCAGGGUGCUGAGGCCUCCAGGAGGGGGCUCCAGUAACUUGUUUGGGGGUGGGGAGGAGACCGCCAAUCCAAACAGAACCCACAAGAUGGCCUCCAGUAUAUUCGCAGCCCCGGAGGCGGCCCCGAGCCACCCCAAAAAGACCAACCCACCAGGUGGCAAAGCCAGCGGGAUAUUUGGAGGGUUGGAGUCGAGCCAGCCUCCGCAGCACCCCCGCCCUUCCGCAGGAAAGACCAGCAACAUCUUUGGAGAUCCAGUGAGCAGCUCCAUUGCACCCAUCCAUCCCAACAAGCCAAAGGAUACCAACAUCUUUGCGGAAAAAUCAACCGAGAAGGAGAAAGGAGUGGAGUGUGUGGUGCAGACAAGUGAGCAGAAGAAGCAGGAGGCAGCCCCGCAGCCUAGUGUAGAUGAGCAUGAGCCCAGACUGGGCCCUCGACCCCGGGCUCACAACAAGGUCAUCCAGCCUCCUGGGGGAAAGUCCAGUGUUGUCUUCUAUUAACAAGAACCAGCCACUGCCUUUGCACUUCUCUCUCUCGCGCUGCGUUUUUCUGUAUCCCUCUGCCCUCUCUUUAGUUCUGUGUGACCUAAUAAAUGUAAUGUAAAGAGCAGGUUUGUGAAGCAGUUGGUUUCUGCCUGCCUGUGUGUGACCCCAGGAGGGUGGAGGCAGGUUCCUCAGGUUAUGUUCUAUAGGGCCUGCUGUAGCCCUGCUGGAAAGGAGUCAGCAUCGCCAUUCCCGUCUCCUUCAUCUUCCCCCAGCGCUGAACAAUCCAAUCUGAACAACCUCAUCCCUCUUUUGUAGUCUGUUCAGGGAUUGCAGUCUCGAGCCCAAAGCAAGGACUUUAUUCUUAGUUUUUUUGUUUAACAUUGCUGGUUAGACACAGAGUGUGGUAUUAGAAAUUAAAAGCUGCAAACACAUUAAACCUGUAGGACAAUGUAAACACUUAAUUUAAAAAAAUGAAUUAAACACAAAAAAAACUAUUCUUUGUAGUAGGGUGGUCCCUAGUUAUGUAGGGGGUUUAUUUGUGCAAUAGCAGUUCCUGUUCUCUGUCUAUUGAAGUGCCAGCCUUUACUUUGUGUACCUUUUCUAACAUACAAAUGUGCCUGGCUGGCAGAGUAUAAAAAAAAACCUGUUUGUUAUGUGUGCUGUAUAUCUCAAUAAACUUCUGUGUUUUGAUAAA